CAAGGAUCCCAAUUUCUCAAAAAUAUCAACAGUCCGAGGAGCAGAGUGCAGAGAAAUCAGAAAUGGCUUCUCUUCCUCCUCCUAUCCAUGUUGUUCUGUUCCCUUUCAUGUCCAAAGGACACACAAUUCCCAUCUUCGACCUUGCUCGCUUUCUUCUCACCCGCAGUAUUUCCAUCACCAUCUUCACCACUCCUGCAAAUCGUCCAUUCUUCUCCGAUUCCCUUUCGGACACAAACAUCAACAUCAUCGAAAUCCCAUUUCCUCAAAACAUACAAGGAAUUCCCCCGUGUGUGGAGAGCACUGAUAAACUCCCAUCCAUGACCCUGUUUCCUACCUUUGCCAACUCCACCAAAUUGAUGAAACCCCAUUUCGAAAAGGCCUUGGAAUCUCUUCCUCCAGUUACUUUUAUGAUCACUGAUGGCUUUCUCGGCUGGACUUUAGACUCAGCAAACAAAUUUGGCAUCCCGAGGCUCGUUUAUUUCGGCAUGAGUGCAUUUUCAUGGGCCUUGUCGAUUUCAGCUGCUUCAGUUCUUAGAACAGAAUUGUCCGACGAUGAGUCUUACCAAGUUCCUGAUUUCCCCUGGAUCAAACUCACUAGGAAUGAUUUUGAUUUAUCCAUCAGAGAGCGUGAUCCCAAGGGUCCCGAUACUGAUUUUACCAUGGAGUCAAUCAUAGCGACCUCUAAAAGCUAUGGGCUACUUGUGAACACUUUUUACGAGCUUGAAUCUGUUUAUGUAGACUACUGUAACCGCAUCUCUAGUCCUAAAUCCUGGUGCAUUGGACCUUUUUGUGCGCUUCACGAGCUUCCAAGAAAACAACAGGGAAUCUCAGAGAAACCUUCAUACAUCAAAUGGCUUGACGGAAUGCUAAAACAGGGGGAGCAAGUUUUAUACGUGGCAUUCGGGACUCAAGCAGAGUUAUCUCUUGAACAAUUCAAGGAAAUCCAAAUCGGAUUGGAGAAAUCCCAAGUGAACUUUUUGUGGGUUGUCAGGAGAACUAUAGAUGAAGGGUUCAAAAACAGAGUAAAAAACAGGGGAAGGGUGGUGACAGAGUGGGUUGAUCAAAGAAAAGUCCUGAGCCAUAGGAGUGUUCAAGGUUUUCUAAGCCACUGUGGUUGGAAUUCGGUGAUAGAGAGCAUAAGCGCGAAAGUUCCUAUACUCGCAUGGCCAAUGAUGGCAGAUCAACACCUGAAUGCAAGAAUGGUAGUGGAGGAAAUAAAGAUUGGACUAAGGGUUGAGACGUGUGAUGGGUCAGUGAGAGGGUUCGUCAAGUGUGAAGGUUUGGUAAAGCCGAUAAAGGAGUUGAUGGAAGGAGCCAAAGGUAAAGAGGCAAGGAAGAAAGUGAAAGAGAUUGGAGAGGCAGCCAUUAAUGCAGUCAAAGAAGGUGGGUCAUCAUGGCAAACGUUAAAUGAGCUUAUUAAUGAGUUAACCGAAAACAGAAAGGUUUGAAUUUAUGUAGCAUUUUUCAUAUGGACCUACUGAGUAGAAAUACGAUAUUUUUGGGCUGAAUUAUGUGUCUUAAUUGAAGUUUAGAAAACUCUGAACUAUGCCUUUCCUGGUUCGCUUGUAAAAAUAAAUUGAAGCUCUUUAAUUUUCGUCC